AUGUCGGGGAAGACGGAUGAAUCGAAGGAAACCGUGCUGAAGAAGUCAGCGGAGAGACUGACGGACGAAAUGCAAGGCAUGGCUAAUUAUAAAAGUCUUUAUUCCGAAAUUCAGAAACUCGUUGCUUCUGCCGCUGUGAAGAGGGAAGACUUCAAAAACACUUUGAUGGACGCAUUAAAAAGCAACGGUUUAGAAACAGAAAUCAGAAACACGGUGUUUCACUGGGCGAGGUCGCAAGGUUCCUUAUCUACGACAUCGGUCCUAUCCACUGAAGAAGUUGAUCUAAGCUACUUGAAAAAGGCUCAGAUUCAAUGGGAACGUCGGAUACAAAAAUCAUUGAACUCCACGUGUAACGAGUUGAACGUCCCGCUGGCACGCAUAAGGCCCAGCGCGGAUCGCGAAGAACUUGCUGAAAAAUGGAACGAAUUAAGCACUUACGACAUUGAUUUGUCACAAUACAGGCCCCUUUACGCUCCAAAGGACUUUCUGGACGUGCUGUUCGCUAUACGGAAUCCCUCCUUCAAGAAACAACCAGAUGAAUUGAAUUGGGAGUUCAGUCACAUACAGAUUCGCGUAAAGACGCUCACGCAAUUGAGACGCUUGUACGUGGAAUUGGCAAAGGGAUUGCCGCUGUUAGGCGUGAAUCCAGACAUGCCCAGUUCAGAGAACUUUGCGACUCUGGAGGAGGAGCGGAUCCAUCUGGGCGAGAAAGUGUUUAAGUCGAAUCACGCUCCGAUCGCGCAAGAAUUUUUAAAGCGCGGAGUUCCUCGAUCGCUUCGAGGACGCCUUUGGUCCCUUGUGCUGGGAUCUAAUGUAAAAGAGAAUGACGUUGAAUACUACGAGGAAUUAAAGACCAUGGUGCUCCAGUAUGAUAUCGUAGUGGACAAGUUAAUAAUAAAGGACGUGCAGUUGACAGCGAGGAACGACGAUCAGUAUUUCGUGUUCGAGGACGUUUUGUACAAAACGAUGUUAUGCUUUUCGCGCGAUUCGGAGGUGUUGGCACCUGUGACCACCGACAGGAGCGCGGGCGGUCAGGUGAUACACGCGGUUUUGCAAGGAAAACCAGCCACGUUGGAGAACACUUUGGUAUUCCCACCGAGCGGAGUGAUUCCGUUUCACGGUUUCACCAUGUAUGCUACACCGUUUUGUUAUCUCUACGACGAUCCCUGCGCAAUGUAUUAUACCUUUCGAGCCUUUUAUUUGCGAUAUUGGUUCAGAUUACACACAGUGUCCAGUCACGAACAGGGUAUCGUCGCGCUGUGCUUGCUUUUCGAAAGGUUGCUCCAGUGCCACGAACCUCUUCUUUGGAUUCACUUUAGGAACAUCCACAUACAACCAGUGAAAGUGGUUUUCAAGUGGAUCAUGAGAGGUUUCAGUGGUCAUCUACCCCCGGAACAGCUACUCUAUCUUUGGGAUUUGAUUCUGGGCUACGAUUCCUUAGAAAUCAUUCCUUUACUCGCGGUUACUAUUUUAACUUUCAGAAAGGAGAAUUUGAUGCAAGUCAAUAAUCUGCAAAGCGUCGAGGCUGUACUGGCGGACUUGUCUUCGUUGAAAGUGAUUCCACUGUUGCAACUGGCUUUAUUAAAAGAAUGA